AUGGCUUACCCACUGAUCGCGUUGUUGGUGGCUUCGCUGGCCGUUCAGGCUUCGUCUGCACAGCAAGCUCAGGAUGGCUGCAUCACGAACUUCGAUCCCACCGUGAACUAUUUCCCGGACCAGUACCAGGACGAGCCGUUCGCUCUGCCGAUCAGCCAGACCAUCGUGGAGACUGCGAAUGACUUCACGGUGCAGUACGGUAACUACUACAAGGUCGUUAAGGACAGCUAUGAUAACACCACCUACGUCCUCUAUCAGUGUGGAUCUGUUAAGCCCUCAAACUUUCCAGCUGCGACCACCCGGUUCUUUGAGAUUCCCCUGAAGGGUUUUGCUGUCGACUCGACCGUUGCAGUUAGCUUCGUCCAGUAUGUUGCGGACGCUGGUGGUGUGAGCCCCGCCAAGGCGUAUUUUAGGAUCUACAACAUGUCUCUUCCAUCUGAUAAGAAGGCUUUCCAGACACUGCUUGCGACUCUUGACAUCGUCAUUGACGAGACCUACCUCAUGACUGGCCCGUCAGGCUACAGCAUUGAUGUCUUUGCAAAGAAUGCUGGCAUUUCUGUGACUGACACUGCCACCUACAAGUUCCUUGCCACUCCCAAUGUCUGGAGCAUGUAUGGCCGCGCCACUGGAGCUCCCAACUACGCCACUGCUCCUCUGGUGUUGCCUUUGCAGUUGGAGACGGGUGCUGUGGUCUCUGCAGCCAACUGCACGACCCUGGACCCCACGGAGGUGGUUAACCCCAUCAUCCCUGCCUGCUCAGCCACCAUUACCCCUGAGGUUCCAGGAACUGCAUCCGCUCCAGCUACCCCUCCCAGCUCAUCCCCUCCCAGCUCGCCUCCUCCCUGCUCACCCCCUCCCAGCUCGCCCCCACCUGCCCCCAAGGCUGCUGCAUCCUCUGGCUCUCUGCUUGGCGCUGGUCUAGCUGCACUUCUUGCUGCUACCAUUGCUGCACUGGUCUGA